AUGAAGCAGGGCCGGCAGAGAGCACCUCUGCGGGGGGCGCUCCUGCUCCUGCUGAUCCUCUGGGCCCGAUCCUGCGUUCCGCUCUAUGCUCAAGAUACAGGCGAAAGCAACAAUCUAAAAUUUGGAGAUAAAUGCAAGAAUACGAGGCAAUGCACGUUCGAAGGAGCCGUUUGCGACGAUAUAACACAGAAAUGCCUGUGCAAGCCCGAUUUACCAGUGACCAAUCAUAUGGACAAAUGUGGAAUAGCUGCUCGCAUAAAUGAAUCGUGCUUUUUCGACGAACAAUGCGAGGCAUACAACUUUCAAACGCUUUGCAAGGAUGGAAUGUGCGUUUGUCGCUUCGAAAAACAAGCUGUGAUGAAACCGGAUGGAAGAAUAGAAUGCGAAGUCAUCCAGACAAAAUACACGCCAGAAAAGUACAUAGAUCCUGCUAUGAUAGGCAUUUUAGUUGCUAUGUUCCUUAUGUUCAUCACGAUAUGCGUUGUUCUACGAUUGUUCAGCAAGGCGAGAUGGAGGGAAAAUCGAACUAUUUUCAACACCCCCAAUCCGCGAUUGAUGAAUGUGUCGCUGCUGAAGGAAAACAAACAUCCGCACGAGCGAAAGGGCUCCAAGAAUAGCAGAGGGCCCAGCCGGCAGCCGAGCGUCGCUUCGUUGCGGGCCAAUUCGCCGAAUUCGCAAGGGCGUUUGUUUCUAGGGUCUCGUCGGGGAUCGAGAGGCAGCAGUAACGUGUCCGGGGCGUCGAUGAAGUCGAACAAGAGCCCGCAACCGCCGAACAUGAAUUCCGUUACCACGCCGAUGCUGGAGAGCGUCACCGUGGAAAUCCUGGAGUUCAAAGCAUAA